ACCCUGGGUCAUACCGGGGUGAGGGCAGCCCCUGCCUGCCCCACAGCGGGCUGGGGGCCCGGCACAGCGCCCCUGCCCCACUGCUGGGGGAGAGGAUGGAGGGAGGGCUGAGGGGUGAGUGGACACAGAUGUCAUUGCCCAGGAAUUCAGCCUGGGUGGAGGAGAGGAGAAAGGGAGGGAGAGGAAGAACCAGGCACAUCGGGCAUGGGGGACAGCGCCUGUGCCCCCCCCCCCCCCGUGCUCAUCGGUCCCUGCCCAUGGGGGGGGCAACCCCUGCCCAGCUGCCCCCCCCCCCCCAACCCCCCCAAGGAGCCGUUUCCCCCCUCCCCUUCCCCCGUUUCCAGGGAAAUCCAGAUGUUUGGGCCCAGCUCCGGCAUUGCUCAGCCUCCUGCCAGAUGUUUCCUCUCCCUCCGGGCAGGGGUGUGUGCUCCUCGCUGGGGACACCGGGAGGGGGACAGCGCUCCCCCAAGCCAGCACCUCCACAGGGGCUUCUCCCGCAUCCCGCACGGAGGGGCUGUCCCUGUUCCCGCUGGGAAUUGGCAGGGGGAGGCCGGGAGCAGGGAGAGCAGUGGGCUUGCAGCGGGUCUGUGCAGUGAUGCAAACCGCUUCCGGAGGCUCGCAGGAAGGAGCUGGGGGUCAGGCAGAGACCCUGGGGGCAUCUGCCUGCUCCUGGGGCAGCAGCCCAGGGCUAUGGGUGUGCGAGGUCCUGCUCUGCCCCACAUUUCCCCACGCCUGAAGGGACCCAGAGCUAGCACUGAUUGGGGCUGGGCCCUCAACCCAUCGCCCUCUGGCUCUCCCUACUUCGGGGCUCAUGGGGCUGAGGCAGCGCUGUCCCAUCCCAUGGGAAUCCCAUAUUCCCCACCCAGGGUGAGGGAGCACAAAGCAGCUCCUUGUGCCACUCCAUCCCUCCUUCCUGGCACAGCAGGGUCGGGGUCUCCAGCCAGCGCUGAGUCCCAGCCCUGCUCCCUGCCCUUGGGAAUGCUCAGCGUUUCUGGCCUUCAUCAGCUGCUCCCAUAGGCUAUUCCUCCCCCUCUUCCUCCUCCUCCACAUGGAGGAGCAGCACAUUGGGCUUCCCAGCGCAGCCCCUGGCCCCGGUUCCCCUCGCCCAGCCGGGAACAAACCCGCUCUGUGAGCACAAACAGAGCAUCCUUCAUCACCAUGGGUCACUGUUCCCCUUCCUCAUCCUCCCCCGGCACCCUGGGCUGGUCAAUAGUGGGAUUGUGUGAAGCAAGAGCACGCAGCCCCACACUGGAGAGCGCCUGUCGUUGAUGAGCAUCCUGCCUGCACCCUGCUGCGGUGGGCUGUCGAUGGCACAUCCCUGUGUCCUGCAGACCUGGACAAGCUGCUGUCGGACCUGCGGUCCUUCCUGCUCAUCCUGGACCGGGAAAGCCUCAGCUCCGUGGCUCGGGAUAAGAAGAAGUCGGUGGCUGAGCUCCUGUCGCGGCUGCAGAGCCCCUCGAACCCUCAUUCCCAGGAUUCCGGGCUCCUCAACUCGCGCACAACGCUGCUUUCCCCCCAGGAGCCAGGAGGAUGGAUGCAACAGGAGGAAGAACCUGUGAGUGCCACACAACCGGGACCCUGAGCCCGCACGGAGGGAGCAAGGUCCCUGGUGUCUCACAGUCCCCACCAGCCGAUGACUCCUAUGAAGAUGCUGAACCCCUCGGUCCCAGCCGCUGCUCCGGUGAGCACCACAACGCAUCCCCUCCCCGUCACCCGCACACACCCAGCACCCUGGUGCCAGCCCGGCUCUCAGGCGGUGCCGACACCGACAGCAGCCACUACGAGUCGUACGAGGAGGAUGAGGAGGGUGUGAAGGACCGUGCCCACUACCUGCGACGGCCGCCGGGCACCGGCCGCGAUGCUGAGCCCAGCGGGCGCCCCGAGGCGCAGCUCUGCGGCUUCCUCUGGAGGAAGCGCUGGCUGGGGCAGUGGGCGAAGCAGCUCUUCAUCGUCCGCGAGCAUGUGCUGCUGUGCUUCAGGUACGCCGCCGACCCGCAGCCGGUGCUGGAGCUGGACCUGCGGGGCUGCCACGUCACCUGUAAGGCCAAGCAAGGCAGGAAGAUGCCACACACCCUGAAGGUGACGGGGACAGCGGGAGAGGUGCUCGUCAUCGGCUUCCAGAGCCGGCAGCAGGCUGAGGACUGGAGGAAGGUGAUUGAAGAGGUCAGCAGCAAUGCCCCGGGAGGGCUGGCAUCUAUCAGCACCCCAUCACCACCAUCCUCCAGGCUCAGCAGGGCUGGCAAGGAGGAAGAGGAGGAUUGCUCGCGGCAGAGCCAUGCCCGCAGCCCGCGGGCUGGAGAAGACGCCAAAGGAGGGUUCCUGUCGGUGCGGCUACGCGGGCGCUGGCAGCGGCUGUGGUGUGCGGUGCGGCAGGGAGUCCUGCGCAUGGUCCCGGAGCCCGGCAGCGCCCAGCACCCCGGCUGCGCCCUGCGCCUGGAGGGAUGCGAGGUGACCCCCGGCACCGCCACCGGCUCCCCUCAGCGCCUCCGCAUCCGCAUCGCCCAGCGCGGCCGGGAGCUCGCCCUGCUGCAGACGCGUUCGGAUGAGGAGAGGGAAGCCUGGUUGAAGACCCUGCAGGCCAGGGGAGGAGCUGAACCAGCCAGCAACAGUCCCCACGAUGAGAAGCCCAGGCUGGGCAAUGCCAGCAGCUGCCCUGCUGCAGGCGGGCUGCUCCAGCGCCGUGUCCCGACACCCAACGCCUACAUGGAUGAUCCCUUCGGGCAGCUCCCACCAGCUGAGGCUCCCAAGUAUCUCUACUCCAACAUGGAGCGGCUGCAGCAGCUGCAGCAGAACUUGGACCGAGCAGUGCAAGGGCAGCGCAGGAGACCUGUAUCUGCGCUGCCCAUGGGUGCCUGCAGCAGCACUCUGCAUGCAGCACCAGCAGCAGCUCUCCGGAGCAGGGCUGCCAGCCCGCAGUGGGUGAAGGUGAGCUCCGAUCUCUGGAGCAAGGAUCUCUCCCAGUCCCAGCGCACCCUGACGCUGCCUGAGAGGAAAGGAACUCGGGAUGGGCUGGAUAUCCUCAUCGGUAGGGCCGCAGAGGGUCUCUGCUCCUGUGCAGGGUGGGCCUUGUCCUUCCCCAAGGCUGAUGGGGUCGAGAGGUGCCCGGGCUUGGCAGUGCCACCGUGUCCUUGCAGGGAAAAGAGCCUUCCCGAAGCUGGAGGAGAAGGUGGGGCAGCUGGAGAGAGCCUGCCGCAUGAAGGGCAGGCUGAAGGCUGGCUCCGAGAUGAACCUGCUGGCCAUCGGCACGUCCCUGAAGGGCCGCAUCGCUGCCACCAGCGGCUCGGCUGGCUCCGAGCAGGGCUCGUUCCUCACGCCGCUGCUGAAGCGCACGGCAUCGGCCAGGAGCGCCCUGAGGCCGUCACCACCCUCCCCGCUCAUGGUGGAGAGGGGAAAUGUGCUGCAGAAGAGAAAGGAGUGGGAGAUGAAGUCUGUGAUGUGAUCGGCACCGCAGCAGCUUCGGGGCACCCCUCAACUGAACGGAGGCUGCACGUGGACCGUGCAGGACCCGCCUGGUGCCUGGUUUUAACCAUCAAUAUCAACGCUACAACUACGCACAUCUAUUUUUUAUAUAUAUAUAUAUACACAUAUAAAUUGUCCAUCCGUGGGUCUGAGUAUCCCUGGAAUGGCUGGAGGGGGGUGAGCCCCUCACAGCGUCACCCCCUUCUCACCCAUCCCAAAACCUUGGUUUUAGGGCACAAAUUUCCCCAUUGCAACCUCACGAGCUGCUGGUUCUGUCCCUAAUGUGGGUCCAGAGCAUCAGCAGCAGAGACCCUGGUCACGAGGCGGGAUGUGGAUACACCCCGGUCCAAGCAUCCAGGGGACACACACAGAGUGAUGGGGGGUGCUUGAGGCACUUAACUGCACCUUCCUGGAGCCGGCAGGACCCAGGCUGGGCCCUGGGCUGCUCCCCAGCGCUGUGCUCGUCACGGCUCGGGGUCCAUUGCGGAUAAUGCGGGGUUUAAGGAUUAAAAUGACAAUAAUAAUAAUUAGUCCUAA